AUGUCUACGGGUUCACCAAGCUCCACGAUGAAUCAAUACAUAGGUCCCAAUGCGGAAAUCGCAAAACUUUUGCUAACCCCUUCUCCUAAUCUGGAAUACCUUCAAACCCUUCUGAAUCAUUUUCUCUCUUUGCAAAAUAAUGUCGGUCAAAAAUACACGUUGAACUUGGGAUUUUCCUUGUUCUACAUGUUUCAGCAGAUUACAUAUCUGAAAUUAUCGUCGGAUGAAACGGGAACGAGGGAAAGAAUCGAAUGGAUCCGAGCAUUUUUACGAGUGUUCUCGAUGCAGGGUUUUGUUGGGUUUGUUGGGUUAAGUGGAUUGUUGAAUGGUUAUCAGAUGGCAGAGUCUCGACAAGGGAAGAGACUUCUGAUGGGCAAACUUAUUGUCGAGGUUGAAGGUGCUUUUUUUCAGAGUCUUGAUUCGAUCGCAAUUCCUACAGGAUGGAAUGAAAAUAUCGCGCAGGAGGAGGAAGGAUUCUUAGAUGCAAAAAAGGAAACCGUUGCAUACAUAUGUGGUUAUUGCAUUCCGUCAAUACCACUUAAACGACUCGAAGGAUGCAAUGCAAAGGGAACGAUCGUGAAUAUUUGUGCACUCGUCAUAUUAAAAAGUCCACGAAUCUUUCAUGAUGGGGAAUUCGUAAAUCAUAUCACGAGAGAUGUUCAUAAUGACCCUGAUCGAAGGUGGAAGGUGGAUUCUCCGUCCUAUAAAACAUUGCAAGAAAAAAAAAACAAUCUGCUUUUCAGAGGAUUGCCAAGGAUCUCUCGAGGGAUCAGUAGUUUGGCUUUGGUUUCAGAUAAAAAUACUAUUCUGAACCUUUUCACACUGCAACACGUUUAUAGGAUUUAUUCUUUUUCCGCAAAAUUAUUUGCUGCAUGGGAAGAAUGUCCGUUGAGUCUGAUCGAAAAUGAAGAAUCCUUAGACGAAGAAACGAAGUUGGCAACUCCUUUACUGUGGACCAUCUUGAAGCCUAUCGUAUUCUUUGUGACGGUCAUUUUUAAAUAUAUUGUGGAUCAAUCUUUAUAUCAGCCCGAGAUAUGCGGUCAAGAAGAAAGAAAGUUGAUCAUCCUGUCGUAUUCUUAUCUCUACUUCAUAAACUCAAAGUUUUCGCUGUAUGGAUUUCCUACGUACAAAAAGGUAUUUUUUUCGGUUUUGGAUAGAUCAUUGGAUGAAGAAUCGGAAUCCAAGAUAUUGGUCAAUUCAUGUCAACCUCCGGAUGGUAUUACUCCGACAAAAAGAAGUCAGAUCACCUAUUAUUUACUUGUCGUCGAACAGUUGAUGGCGGCUUUGGAUGAUGAUACACUAGAGAAUUAUGUCUUACCUUUCAUAUAUCCAUAUAUCAAUGAUAAGUCUGAUUCUCAAUUGUUUGAAUCCGCACAUUCGGUAAUUCUUUCCGUAUUUUCCAACUUCAAACGCGUAUCAAAGGAAUUGGCACCUUAUUAUUGCACAAUGUUACUUGAGGGGUAUUCGAUGCUUUUUACAAUAGUGCAAUUUCGAGCUGCUUAUGCCGCGGUAAUCAAAUCUCUAUCAGAAAUUGAUGAUGCAUUGGUUUGGUUGUGCUUGGACAAGUUGAUUAAAAAGAUAGAGGUCACACAGAAUGAUUCCAUCUCUACCGAGUUAGGCAUAUCUGAAAGGGUUCAUGAAGAUGAGUUGAUAUCCCCAUCAGAACCUUCGGAUGGUAAACCGGUUAAUUCGACAAGUGAUAAAAAUAGUUCAAAGAGUGGAGUCGAAAGUAUUCUAUCGGAUGAUUCAUCCAACGACGAUUCUAAAAAUGAGUACCAAAGUGUGGUUGACGUCGAUGUCGCUUUAUACCUUCGCAGGGGACACUUGCUUCUGACGCUCAUUGAUCAAAUUCAAAAUGUCAACCUCCUAUUUCUAGAAACAUUAUUAACAAAGAUCAAAGAAUUCUUGCAAGCGGAACCUGAUGGUGUUGGAAAAUUUGCAUUGAAAAAGGCGCUAUUUGAUGCAUUAAGCAUGAACUUGGAUUAUACAAAGAAGGAAGUGGGUGUCAGAUGGUGGUUAGCGGAAUGCGACCAGUUGUAG